CCCUCCCUCCUUCCUCGUCUGUAUAUAAGUGUGGAUGACUGGCUGGUGUUUAAGAGUGACGGAGAGAACUGAGUCAGGCCCCUUGGACGUUUGGUGCAGAGGGCCACCAUGACCCCUGCUGUGACCCCUGAAGAUGAGACUCCAGCAUGGGCAGGAUGAUUGACAAGUAACACGUUUGAGCCCAAGAAUGCAUGUGGUCCCAGUGGGCGGGACAUCCUCCUCCCACCUAGUGGUACCUGUGUCUGUUGCCUGCUCCUGGAUCUUACUGCUCUUCCAUUCUGCCUUUGGUCAAAAACCAGCAAAGCUGCCCUUGAUAAGUCGGAAGCCCUUUAUCGCUGCUUGGAACGCUCCUUUUGAUAUGUGCACCAUCAAGUACAACAUUACAAUCAACCUUGACCAUCUUUUUCACAUCCAAGGAAGCCCACGCGCUACUUGGACAGGACAAAACGUGACAAUUUUUUACGCAAACCGACUUGGCUACUACCCCUACUACACACCACAAGGCAAAGCCAUUAAUGGCGGUCUGCCGCAAAACUGUAGCCUGGACAUGCACUUGCUCAAAGCUUAUCAGGACAUUGCUCACUUCAUUCCUGCAGAGGAUUUCCGUGGCCUGGCUGUCAUUGACUGGGAGUUCUGGCGACCUCAGUGGCACCGUAACUGGCACAAGAAGGACAUUUACAGGAGGAAGUCAAAGGAGUUGACGAUGAAGGCAUAUCUUGAUGUGACGCCGGCUCAGGUGGAGGUGCUGGCUCGGAGGCGGUUUGAGAAAAGCGCCAAAGCCUUCAUGGAACGGACAAUCCAGUUGGGAACACGGCUACGGCCCAGUGCCCACUGGGGUUUCUACCUCUACCCGGACUGUCACAACUACAACUUGCAUGAGCAAAACUACACUGGCAUGUGUCCACUCUCUGAGAGGAGGAGAAAUGAUGAGCUGGCAUGGCUGUGGAACAGCAGCACGGCUUUGUUUCCUUCUGUGGCAAUCAGGAAAAGUCACACCAACAGCAUCAGCAACUGGCACUUUGCCCACAACAGAAUCCAAGAGUCACUCCGGAUUGCCUCACUGACCUCAAAGGAGUAUGACCUUCCCACUUAUGUCUACCUCAGACUGGGGUACAGAGAUGAUGCCCUGGCAUUUCUCACCACUAAAGACUUGAUUCAUACUAUCGGGGAGAGCGCUGCUCUGGGAGCUGCAGGAUUCAUUAUCUGGGGGGACCUAAACUUGACCUCUUCCAGGCACAACUGCACUUUGGUGAAGUCCUUCCUGACUCACCGCCUUGGUCAGUACAUCACCAACGUGACCCGGGCUGCCGAAGUCUGCAGCGACUUCCUGUGCCAAGGGAAUGGCCGGUGUGUUCGCCAGGAGCCCCGCGCCAGCCACUACCUCCACCUGAGUGCUGAGAAUUACCAAAUUCACCCCACAGGCGAUGGGGCCUUUGCUGUCAGCGGGUGGCCAUCACAACAUGACCUUCAGCAGCUGACCGAGAGAUUCCGCUGCCACUGCUACGAAGGCCAUGAGGGAGACCGAUGUGACAGUCUGAACAAAGUAAAGGAGGACGAUGACCUGAGGAGGGAAGAGAAGAAUGAACAGGAACGGAAGAGGACUGAGUGGGAGGAUGAGCAGGGUGGGCUGUGGGAGAGCAGGGAGAGCUUUGCCCCGCCAGUCAGUUGGGCUCAUUACCAGAUACUGUUGUUGCUAUAUUUGAACUUCCUGCUCAUGCAGAUGGUUGUAUAGUUGUAAAAAUAAUUCAACCCAAAUGCAGCUAUGGACAGAUAUUUGUUCAGAUAAUUAACUUCUUGCUUUAUAUAAAGACGGGUCAUGGCAAUAAACAGGAAUUUGCUAGCACUAAUAUGGACAGCCUAUAGUCUUCUUUGGUUUCUUGAAGACAUUUCAAUGCUCAUGAAAAAAGUCCUUCAAUGUUUCUUCAGUUCUGAUCAUGGGUUAGAAGCAGAAGGCUUAAAAGUUGUAGCCAGAAGAAUUGCACAGAUAAGGCCAUUGAAGACACCUGAUGUUAAAGUUUAAAAAAGCAACAGGGGAGAUGAGUCAAGGCUGCAGAAAAGGUGCUAGAAGGAUGGAGCCUGACGCCACCACCUCUGUUUACUUUGCCACUCCGUCACUCAUUCCUCAGAACACAUGCCUUCCUUUUUGAGAUGUAGAUAAAGCGCUGAGCUGGUGCUUCUGUGUUGGGCCAACCUGUUUUGUAGCUGAUGCUUUGCUUCUCUAAUAUAAUGUAGAGGUCUGGAAGGUCCUUGUUGUGCAGGACUGUAUAUGCUACUCCACAGAGUUUGUAUUUGGGUGUUCUUUCGCCUCUUCUUCUUUUCAGUUGAAUGUUUUCUGCUGGAUGCCAGCCCUGUUGGCGAUCCUACAGGUCUGAAGUGCUUUCUUCGUGUGUUUGAGUUCCUUAUCCUUCCGCUCUUUUGGGGGCCUGUUCUGCUCGAUGCUGCAGAGUUUUGAAGACAGUUUGUGUUCCAGUUGGUGGUGAAAUUCAAAAAGCAGGUACACUGGUCGGUGAGGACAGGUUUCUUGUUGAGAUCGACUUGUACAGGUUUAAAAAAAUAAAUAAAUAAAUAAAUUAAUGUGUACCAGACAAUCCGAAAGAAGUAGCAUAGUGUCUUUGACUUUCUCUCUGGUGAACCCUCCCUGGUGAAGCCUAGACCAUUUGGGUCAGCGACCCACUUGACCUUAAAAGCAAUAUCAGUGUGAUCAAGUCCUUUUGGACAAGAUGUGAAAUGUCUUCAAGACACUAGACAAGAAGUCCAUUUACUCUAUAUAACACCUUAGGAGUAUCAAAAACCAAGACUGCAUUAAGGCAAUGUAAAUAUGGAUAAUAAAACGAAUUUACCAUCUUUA